AUGUUUAUUUACGAGUUUAUGGCCGGCAUCGUCGAACAGAUCAAAGGAGAGGACGAAGAAACUUCUUUUGAUCCACAUGAGCACCGUAAAGUGGAGAAGCCUACUUCAUAUGCGGACACAAUGAUUCAUUUGCUAAAGGGUAGCAUUGGCGCGGGGGUGCUUGCUAUGCCGGAAGCCGUCCGCCGAGUGGGAAUUAUACUUGGCAUAUUCGGUGUCGCACUCAUUGGCAGCUUCGCCACAUACUGCAUACAGCUCCUCAUUGCAGCUCAGUACGAGUUGUGCAAGAGACAUCGGCGCGGGUACAUACAGUACCCCGAGUCUAUGAUGCUCGCCAUCAAGGACGGUCCGCCAUGUUUGCGCUUCUCUGCCAAAGCGCACUACUAUUUCGUUGAAGCUAUCCUCGUACUCUGGCAGCUGGGUAUCUGUACAAUCUACUGUGUAUUUGUCGCUGAGAACAUAAAACAGGUCUUCGAUUUCUACGGUAAAGAACUGCCCUUGCGAUAUCAUAUCUGCUUCUUACUUAUACCAUUGACGUUGAUGGGACUGGUCAAAGACCUUAAGCUGUUAACGCCCUUCUCUUCGAUUUCGAACAUCGUGACGCUACUUGGAUUCAUCCUUGUCUUUUUUUACUUGAUCGAGGAUGAUGUGACUUUAGACAAUGAGAAAUUAGAACUGAAAGGCUACCGUGAAAUUCCCGUUUUUGUAGGAGUCACACUAUUUGCACUGGAAGCGGUAGGGGUCGUAUUGGCCUUAGAAUUUAAUAUGGAGAAGCCAAAACGAUUUGUUGGCCUAUUUGGAUUAUUCAACGUCGGCAUGGUAUUCAUCAUGUCUCUUUACGUGUUGAUGGGAGUGUUUGGCUAUCUCAAGUACGGGGACGACGUACAAGCAUCUCUAACGCUUAAUCUCCCCCAAGAUCAGAAGAAAGCGCAGGCCGCAAAGAUUAUAUUCGCAUUGGCGGUUCUACUGACGUUCCCUCUACAGAAUUUUGUUUCAUAUAAUAUUUUGUGGCAGAAGAUAAAGUUGUCUCUGGGUGAUAGUAAGAAAGCUUGUGUCAUUGACUUCGCGCUUCGAAUUGCAGUGGUGAUAGUGCCGUGGGCGCUUGCGGUGGCUGUGCCGAGGCUGGGUCCAUUCAUCGCUCUAUUCGGCGCUCUGUGCCUCUCGCUGUUGGCGAUCAUAUUCCCAGGCAUAAUGGACGCCUGCGUGUGGUAUCCCAACAAAUAUGGAGUAUGCCGUUAUCGACUAAUGCGAGAUAUAAUUAUCGUCGUGAUUGGUAUGGGAUGCCUUAUAUCUGGCUGCUAUACGAGCCUUCUAGAAAUUGCCGCAGCUAGCACCCAACUAACAGAAGAAGAAUUCGCCGUGUAAUACCAGCUGAUUGUGCGGCCUUUAUAAUUAAUCUUCAUCUGCGAAUAAGUGUACGGUUUGAGUGAUAGCCCCGCUGAUAGCACAGCAUUAACAGUACUUGAUUUUUGGAACAAUAAGUAAUAAUAGUAAUUGCGCGAUAUCACAUAUAGUGCACCAAUCUGGAGCAAUGGGGAUGAUGACUAGGUUUGACUAUAUUGAUUUUUAUGAUACAUUCGGGUAAAUAAGGUCGAUGUUAACUAAUUUAUACAUAAAAAGCAAAGAUUGACUGGAUAUUUGCAAAAUAAAUAAGAUUAUAAAAUUUCAAAAUCUACUAAAAGUAUUUUAUCGUAAUUAGAUGAAAAUUCAUACAGUUUUAGCUUCCUUACAUUAAAUGUGACAUUUUUUAAUACAUGAACUAUAAACAUAAACGCACAAAUAACAAAGAUAUUAGUAAUUUUGUUUAAACGCCCAAAUCUAACGAUCAUUAAUUGCCUACGACGUCAUAAGUUCGUACCAUUUUGUAUGGGGCGUUUUUCAGGGAUCCGCGGCAGCGCCGCAAAUCUGGCCAUUUAAAUCCUGUAGCUCCGAAAGUAAUGAUCGCAGAUACCCUGUUACUUUUACAAAAUUGCUUUAGUAUUAGCGUACUCUUAAUUUAUAUACAAUUUUAAAAACUGUCAUC